CCCUUACCCUCACACCACUUCUCAUUCCUCGUCUAGCACACCAACCAUGGUUGCUACAAAACUCAUCCUCGGCUUCUUCCUCUGCCUCCUCCUCGGCACCACCGUCCUCGCCACCACCCGCUCUCCCCGCCUCAGCGGCCCCGAGUUCUGCAACCUCCGGAACCUCACCACCUUCCAACCCACCCAACGCCUCGAGUUCGAAGGCGGUUUCAUUGAAUCCUAUUGGAAUGUAAACGAUGAAGAGUACCAGUGUCUGGGAACGUACCCGUCUAGGAUGACGUUACAACACAACUCUCUUUUCCUUCCGAGCUUCCAACCAUUCCCCCGUCUGCUCUUCAUUGAACAAGGUGAAGGGCUUGUAGGAAUUCAACUUCCAGGAUGUGCUGAAACAUUUGACACCGGAGUACAACAGAUCUGGCAUCAACAUGAGCAGCAGCCACGAAGGAUGGAUCCCUCGGCAGACUCGCACCAGAAAGUACAUCGGUUCCGACAAGGAGACAUCAUUGCCAUUCCCGCAGGUGCUGUCUACUGGACUUACAAUGAUAGGAACCAACAAGUGGUGGCUGUCAUUGUUGACGACGUCAACAACCCCGCCAACCAGCUCGACUUGCAAGCUAAGAUAUCUUUCCUGGCUGGUGGAAUUUCAAGGAAGCACAUUCAAGGACUACAAAACAUUCAAAGACAACAAGGCAGAAAAAGAAGUCCCUUUGGUGGGCAGGAGGAAGUUGCCAAAGGCAAUGUCUACUCGGGUUUCGAUACCGAAUUACUCGCAGAGGCGUUUAACUGCGAACCAUACAUCGUGAGGGCAUUGCAGGAGUCCAGCAACCGUGGGGUUAUUGUCCAGGUACAGCAACAGAUGGAAUUCGUCACUCCGGACGAAGGACAAGAACAAAUGCGACAACGUAGAUCAAGAGGAGGACCAUCUAAUGGUGUCGAAGAAACGAUAUGCAGUGCUAAACUUGUGUUCAACUUGGAUAACCAAAGAGAGGCCGAUGUCUUCAACCGCCAAGCUGGAAAACUCAACAUGGUCAACGAACACAAACUGCCCAUUCUAUCUCUCAUGGACCUCAGUGCCGAGAAAGGAUACCUUCAACCGAAUGCGUUAGUCUCGCCACACUGGACAGUGAACAGCCACACAGUCGUCUAUGUGCUCAGCGGAGAUGCACAAGUUCAGGUGGUGUCUAACAACGGUGAAGCCGUGUUAAACGAGCAAGUCAGCAGAGGUGACAUUUUCCCAGUGCCGCAGUUCUUCGCCACAACAGCUCGGGCUGGACAAAACGGGUUAGAGUGGGUAGCAUUCAAGACCAACAGGGCUCCACUGAAGAGCCCAUUAGCAGGGUACACAUCGGUGUUCCGAGCCAUGCCGCUCGAAGUGAUCAGCUACUCGUAUCAGGUGUCACCGAGCCAGGCUCAGAGCUUGAAACUCAACAGGGAGACCGAGAGCAUACUGUUUUCUCCACAGAGCCAGUACUAGGCAAAGUAAAUGUACGAGAGCGAUGAGGCAGGCCACUAAACUAGAUUAAGUUGUCCUUUCGUUGUUUGUGUGUACGGGAAUAAAUCUGUAUGAAUAAGAAGUUCAGAUGUUAUGGUUUUGUAUGUAAA